GGUUGCUGGAGGGUGACCCCCCGACUGAUUCUGGGGAGAGAGAAGGCUCUUGGGCACCCGUGACGCCGAGAAUGGGCUGCAAUCUGUGCUCGCUGCAGAAGAGAGAGGAGCAUUACAAACUGCUCUACGAAAUUUCACAGGUAAAUGGAAAGGACUUAUCGAGAGCCAGUCAUGAAGAGGCAGUGGAGGCCUUCCGCACUGCCAAGGACCCCAUUGUGGUCCAGGUGCUCCGGCGGCCACCUCUUCCUCGGGGUCAAGGAUCGUCUCAGGAUGUCCAGGUGGUGGAUGUGUGCACGCAGACUGACAUCACCUUUGAGCAUAUUAUGGCUCUCGCCAAGCUUCGGCCCAGCAGCCCACCCGUGCCAGACAUUUGUCCUUUCCUGCUCUCAGACAGCUGCCACUCGCUUCACACCGUGGGCCAGGAGUUCUACGAGGGGAACGAGUACCUUUCCAACAUGCCGGCUGAGGCCGAGAGGACUGAUGAGUUAGAGUACGAGGAGGUGGAGCUGUGUCGUCUGAACAGUCAGGAGAAGCUUGGCUUGACUCUGUGCUACAGGACCGAUGAUGAGGAUGACUUAGCCAUCUAUGUGUCAGAAAUUGGACCAAAUAGCAUUGCAGCCCGAGACGGUCGUAUCCGGGAAGGGGACCGCAUUUUACAGAUAAAUGGUCAGGAUGUGCAGGACCGCGAGGAAGCAGUGGCUCUGCUCUCCUGUGAAGACAUCAGGAACAUUGUACUGCUGGUAGCGAGACCAGAAAUGCAGCUGGAGGAGGCCUGGCUGGAUGACGAGCACACAGAGUUCUUGGAAGAACUUAAAAUGGAGAUGCUGGAGGAACAAAGGAGAGAGGAGGAGGAGAUGGACAGAGCAGCCAGAGAAGAUGAAGAACAGGUGAGAACAGGAGAGCAGGAGGACAUGAUGGGCAGCAGUGCUGGCUGCUCCUUUAGUCAGGAGAGGAGCUUCACUGCCGGAUCCACACGUCAUGGGUCAGAGAGCUCUGAGCAAAGUGUCCUGGCCCAACUCCAGAAAAGACUGUCCAGGUGUCUGAGGCAGCGAAAGGAAGGCCAAGACUCACCCAAGGAAGACCUGGAGGAUGACCGUUCUGAAGGUGAACACUACCAGCAGCUGCUACAGUUAAAGUGCCAGAUCCGUAACAAGGGCGAGUACGACCUUUUCUACAGCCGGAGCAGCACUAUCGAGUGCAGCCUGACCGAAGAGGCUGGAAGCAGUGGCAUGGAGCGUGAGCUGCGCCUCCUCAACGAGGAGCUGCGCAGCAUCGAGCUGGAGUGCCAGAGCAUCAUGCAGGCACAGCAACUCCGGAAAAGGGAGCAGCAGCAGGUGUUGUCUUCCAAAGAACUAGGGAAGCAAAGUCCGCAUCGAGGCAAGCUCGCCAAUAUCAAUGAGCGACCGGAGAAGUCGGACAAGGACAGCUCGAGCGCUUACAACACGGCAGAGAGCUCAAGAAGCACGCCGCUAGCCAUGGACCGCUCACCUGAACAUUCUGUGCAUAGAAUGGUCACCCUGACCAAUCAGAAAAACCUUAGGACCAGUAUUCUUGCAGGACGAGGUUCUCAGUUUCCUCCUGUGAGGAGGGCUCCUAGCGGCAGCCCAGACCACAGCAACUCCUCUGAAUCAGAGCAGACACCCCCUGCAGAGGAAGAAAUGUCACCGGAAAAAGCAAAGACUCUUACCUCACGCAUUCCCUACCUCUCCCCCUGCCACCAGCCGGCAGACAUUCCUGCCCAUGCAACACACUACCAGAGCUACAUGCAGCUGAUUCAGCAGCGGUCAGCUGUAGAGUAUGCACAGUGUCAGCUUAGCCUUCCUGCACAACCCUCCGAGCCCAAACUCGAGUGGAAGGUCAAGAUUCGCAGCGACGGUACUCGCUACAUUACCAAGCGGCCAGUCCGGGACCGGCUGCUCCGCGAGCGUGCGCUUAAGAUCAAGGAGGAGCGCAGUGGUGGGAUGACCACGGACGACGAUGCAAUGAGCGAGAUGAAGAUGGGACGAUACUGGAGCAAGGAGGAGCGCAAGCAACAGCUUUUGAGGGCCAAGGAGCAGCGGCGGAGACGCGAAUUCAUGCAGCGCUGCCGGCUUGAAAGUUUAAAAGAGUGCCCGCAGAGCGGAGGGGAGGGCCGUAAGGAGCUGAGCAUCAUCGAGCUCAGCCAGCGGAAGAUGAUGAAAAAGCGCAACAAGAAGAUACUGGACAACUGGAUGACCAUUCAGGAGCUAAUGACGCAUGGAGCGAAAGAACCCGAAGGGGCCAAAGUUCACAAUGCCUUCCUUUCAGUCACAACUGUAUAGUGAGCCGUUUGGACUCAGAGUCUACCCCAUGUGGUAUAAUCUACUUUUGCCUCGUUCAAUGUGGCAAUUUUUAUGAGAGGAACACAAAGAAAAGAGUAUUUUUCUCACUUUGUUUAAUAUGAAACAUUUUGUAA